AUGGGUGUCCCCGUCACCGAGUACCUGCCGGCAGCUCCUGAUGCGGACGACCUGGGCCGAUAUGGCCAAGAGAAGGACUCGCUUGAGAGUGCAGGGAAGCAGAACACCCCGGAGUACGCCGUGGCGCUGACCAACUGGGCAGCCUGUUUGGGAGCGCAGGGCGAUGAGGAGGCUGCUUUGAGGGCGUAUUCGGCGGCGCUGAUAGCACACGAGGCUGCCGGGUCAACUGACACACCCUCCUACGCGGACACCGUGGUGAACGUAGGCGAUCACCUCAACGAACUCGGUCGCCACAGCGAGGCCAUGGAGCUGUUUUCCAAGGCACGGGAAAUCUACCAAGCCUUGAGUUGGGAGAACACUCUGAACAAUGCAGUGGUUCUGCACAACAUGGGCCUCUGUGCCUUCAAGCAGGGCAAGCGCCGAGAGGCGAUGGAUUUCUACCGUGAAGCGCAAGGAGCUUACGAGUCAGUCCUCCUCGGGGCAGAGGCGCCGCAGUAUGCCGAGCUUCUUCGAGACAUGGAUGACGCCGAGGAUGCCGAGCUGCGGCCGUUGGAGUCGUUAGGUGGCAUGGACUAG